GAAAAAAAGUAGCUCAUCUCAGCUGUAAUUCGUUUGUUGUGUUUAUUUAAUAAAAAUAGAAGAAGAGAAGAUUAUUGAACUGAACUUUGAAAAAAAUUCAAAUAAAAAUUUCUGAAAAAAAUGGGUUCUUUAUCGAAUUCAUCAUCAACACCAAUUAAUAAUUAUAAUAAUCAAGAGAAAAUAAUGUCAACACUAUCGAUAAUAAUAUCACGAUUAGAUCGAAUGGUCGAUCAUGAAAAAGAAGAAAAUUUUUUGGUAAAAUCACGAUUAGAUCGAAUUGAAAAGAUACUUUUUGAUUUGGUUGAUUAUUUGAAAACCGAUAAAUUCACCAAUCAUCAUCAUCAUCAACCUUCAUCUGAUUUGAUUGAAAUCGAAACAAAUCAACCAAUCGAUAAUGAUAAUUUGAAACAACAACAACAAAUCGAUUUGUCAUCGAAUAGUGUUUCGGUACCCGAUGAAGAAGAAUAUUUCGUCUGUGCAGUUUACAACGAAUCAAAUGAUGAAUCAUCAAAACAAAAUUGUUCGACAAGAAUUACAACAAAUAAUGUUGAUGAUAAUGAUGUUGAUGAAUGUUUGCUUGAUCGAAAUCAACGCAAAGGUGAUAAACGAUACAAUUGUGAUCAAUGUGAUUAUGCAACUUCAUACAAAUCUGCUUUAAAAAGACAUAUUCGUAUACAUACAGGUGACAAACCAUACAAAUGUAAACAAUGUGAAUAUUCAACAGCACAACAUUGUAAUUUACAAAAACAUAUUCGUAUACAUUCAGGUGAAAAACCAUUCAAAUGUAAUCAAUGUCAAUAUGCAACAACAGACAAAUCUGCUUUUCAAAAACAUAUUCGUAUACAUACAGGUGAAAAACCAUUCAAAUGUGAACAUUGUGAAUAUAAAACUUCAGACAAAUAUGCAUUACAAAAACAUAUUCGUAUCCAUACAGGUGAAAAACCAUUCAAAUGUAAUCAAUGUGAAUUUGUAACAACACAACAAAAUAGUUUACAAAGACAUAAACGUCUUAUACAUUCUUCAUGUAAUAUGUUGCAAAAAAUGGGUUCCCUAUCUAAUUCAUCAUCAACACCGAUUAAUAAUUAUAAUAAUCAAGAGAAAAUAAUGUCAACACUAUCGAUAAUAAUAUCACGAUUAGAUCGAAUGGCCGAUCAUGAAAAAGAAGAAAAUUUUUUGGUAAAAUCACGAUUAGAUCGAAUUGAGAAGAUACUUUUUGAUUUGGUUGAUUAUUUAAAAACCGAUAAAUUCACCAAUCAUCAUCAUCAUCAACCUUCAUCUAAUUCGAUUGAAAUCGAAACAAAUCAACCAAUCAAUAAUAAUGAUAAUUUGAGACAACAACAACAAAUCGAUUUGUCAACCAAUGGUGUUUCGUUGCCCAAUAAUGAAAUUGAACAAUAUUCAUUAUUACCGGAUGAAAAUAACGAUUAUUUGGAAAUAAAAAUCGAAACCAAUGAUAAUAAUGAUAAUGUUGUUGAUGAUAAUAGUGUUGAGAAUGUUGAUAAUGAAUGUUCGAUUGAUCGACAUAAACGCAUACCAAACAAACGACAUAAAUGUGAUCAAUGUCAAUAUUCAACAACAGAUAAAUCUAAUUUAAAAAAACAUGUUCGUAUACAUUCAGGUGAUAAACGAUAUAAAUGUAAACAAUGUGAAUAUGCAACUUCGGAUAAAUCUGCUUUACAAAGACAUAUUCUUAUACAUACAGGUGAAAAACCAUAUAAAUGUAAUCAAUGUAAAUAUGCAUCAUCAGAUAAAUCUGGUUUACGAAAACAUAUUCGUAUACAUUCCGAUUAUAAACCAUAUAAAUGUAAUCAUUGUCAAUAUGCAACUAUUAAUAAUUCGGAUUUAAAAAGACAUGUACGUCGUAAACAUUCGUAAAAUAUAUAUUCGUAGGUAUUUAAUACAUAACAUUUCACAACAAUAAUAUUCCUCAAUAAUAAAUUCA